AAUAAGGGGCUGAAGAGACGAAGACUGAGCAGUUGUGUCUGCGUUGCUGACCUCAAGCAGCACUCGGCUUCUGCACGUAGAACCCGGGAGUAGGAGACUCAGAAUUGAAUCUCUUCUCCCUCCUCUCUCCUGUGAGAUUUUUUUGAUCUUCAGCUACAUUUUCAGCUUUAUGAGAAAUCUUAUCAUCAAACACAAUGGCCAGCAACGUUACCAACAAGACAGAUCCUCGCUCCAUGAACUCCCGUGUGUUCAUUGGGAAUCUAAACACUCUCAUGGUCAAGAAAUCUGAUGUGGAGGCAAUCUUUUCGAAGUAUGGCAAAAUUGUGGGCUGCUCUGUUCAUAAGGGCUUUGCCUUCGUUCAAUAUGUUAAUGAGAGAAAUGCCCGGGCUGCUGUAGCAGGAGAGGAUUGCAGAAUGAUUGCUGGCCAGGUUUUAGAUAUUAACCUGGCUGCAGAGCCAAAAGUGAACCGAGGAAAAGCAGGUGUGAAACGAUCUGCAGCGGAGAUGUACGGCUCCUCUUUUGACUUGGACUAUGACUUUCAACAGGAUUAUUAUGAUAGGAUGUACAGUUACCCAGCACGUGUACCUCCUCCUCCUCCUAUUGCGCGGGCUGUAGUGCCCUCGAAACGUCAGCGUGUAUCAGGAAACACCUCACGAAGGGGCAAAAGUGGCUUCAAUUCUAAGAGGGGACAACGGGGAUCUUCCAAGUCUGGAAAGUUGAAAGGAGAUGACCUUCGGGCCAUUAAGAAGGAACUGACCCAGAUAAAACAAAAAGUGGAUUCUCUCCUGGAAAACCUGGAAAAAAUUGAAAAGGAACAGAGCAAACAAGCAGUAGAGAUGAAGAAUGAUAAGCCAGAAGAGGAGCAGAGCAGCAGCUCCGUGAAGAAAGAUGAGACUAAUGUGAAGAUGGAGUCUGAGGGGGGUGCAGAUGACUCUGCUAAGGAGGGGGACCUACUGGAUGAUGAUGAUAAUGAAGAUCGGGGGGAUGACCAGCUGGAGUUGAUCAAGGUUGAUGAAAAAGAGGUUGAGGAAGGAGAGGAUGACAGAGACAGCGCCAAUGGUGAGGAUGACUCUUAAGCACAUAGUGGGGUUUAGAAAUCUUAUCCCAUUAUUUCUUUACCUAGGCGCUUGUCUGAGAUCAAAUUUUUCACCAGAUCCUCUCCCCUAGCAUCUUCAGCACAUGCUCACUGUUCUCCCCAUCCUUGUCCUUCCCAUGUUCAUUAAUUCAUAUUUCCCUGCGCCUAGUCCCAUUUUCACUUCCUUUGACGCUCCUAGUAGUUUUUGUUAAGUCUUACCCUGUAAUUUUUGCUUUUAAUUUUGAUACCUCUUUAUGACUUAACAAUAAAAAGGAUGUAUGGUUUUUAAAAGAAAAAAAGAAAAAACAAAUAAGGGAACUGAGGCUCACUCUCUAAGGUUCAAUGUCUUGCUGAAGGUCACAGAACCAGGAAGUGGAAAUGGACAGGUUUCCUGAUUUGGGGAUUUUUGCAUCCUUCUCUGAUAUAUUUCUCUUUGCUCAACAAAAACAUCUGAGGCUUCACAUUGAGUGCCAGGUUAUAUCCAGGUAGAUUCCAAGCUGGGAACAGAUCCCAUCUUUAUGACACUUCCAGAUGGGAUUUAAGGAUUGGAGCCAGAAUUCAAGUUGGCUUUCUUCACUUCAAAGCAUGUGGGUCCUCCAGGAAGCGAUAAGAAUUCUCCUAGUAUUAAGCCAGCAGGGCGAGGAGGGGCGGAGACAGAGACAAAAAACCCCACCCACACAUCUGGAAACAGAUACGAAACUGAAUGUGGACUCUCACCAUUCCAUCUUAAAGCCAUCUCAGAGGUAAGGGUCUGCAUCUGAAGGCAAACCCUAUGGUGGCCUGAACAGAUAUAAUCUGGUUGUCUUUAGUACUAUGAAGAAUGCCUUUUUAAGAAGCAAAUUCUCCAUUUCCAAUUAGUCCAGCAUCGCAGCUUCUCUUAUUAGAUUAUUAUUGUUUAAUUGUCCCUCUUUCUUACCCACCUGUCCCAACAAACUUGCUGUGAACAGAGCCCAAAUCAAGCAUGAAAACAUGAUCAGACUGAAAUUUUCAAGUCUCUAUACCACACCACCAUUCUGCCUUUAUCAAGGAUGAUAAGAAAAAAUAAAACCCAUCCUGCAGAGGUCCCCAAAUGGGGCUGAGGAUCCAAAACAGCACAGGGGGGGCCUUUCAAAAUGAUGCAAUAGGGC